UCAUUUCAUUCAUUCAUACACACGAGUUGUUAGCGUAAAAAGUUGUGUGGAAUUGUACUGUAUUGUUAAUACAAAGAAUAGUAAUUGCUAAAGUUAAAAUCAAUUAGAAAAUAACGUUAGGAAAAUGACAGACGUUGCGAAAAAGGUACAGGACUACAAGGAUUCCCUCAAGCAGAAGGCUGAGCAUCUAAUAAUAAAAGGGUUUCCAGAGAAAAUAGUAAAACUAAAUGAACUUCUAGAAACAUCAAAUUUCCAAAACCGUGAUUUAUCUGAUGUUCAUCAGGACUUAAACAUUCCAGUGCCACCUCCUGCAUCAGCUGCCAAUGAGCCCAAUGCUAAACGCCAGCGGAUGGACUCCUCGGAGGUGUCAAGCAACACAACAAAUGAGGGCUCCCGAGUGUAUGCCUUGCCAAAUGGCACGGUGCCAUGCAACAAGCCGCUAAGUGACCUCAUCCACCUUGUCAAACCACACAUCAGGGAACUGGUCGAGGACUCCAACUUGCUGAAGAUGUGGAUCUCAUUCAUGAUUCCCAAGAUUGAGGAUGGUAACAACUUUGGUGUAUCAAUACAAGAGGACACGCUGGCCGAGAUACAGUCGGUGGAGUCGGAGGCUGCGGCAUUCUUUGACCAAAUCUCACGGUACUUUAUAUCGAGGGCAAAGAUCGUGUCCAAGGUUGCAAAGUACCCACAUAUUGAUGACUACAGAAGAGCUGUUAGAGAAUUGGACGAAAAAGAAUACCUGUCGCUGUGGCUGGUGAUGUGUGAGAUUCGCAACCGCUACUGUUCGCUCCACGACAUCGUCAUUAAGAACCUCGAGAAGAUAAAAAAGCCACGCUCAUCGAACGCGGAGUCUUUAUAUUAGGCACUAUCUUAAUCUCAAUUAGUAUCUCUUUAGUCACACGCAACUGUAAGAAUACAUUGUGGAUCUAAGAGUAAAACUGUUUUUAUGUCUAAUUUUUAUUCACUACAAAAAAGUUUCUGUAAAUAAAGCACAGAUUUAAAAUUAACGUAACAGUUUUGUUACACACCAAUACCUAUUGAGAAAUUCGACGUACCAUUUUAUAAUUCAAUUCUAGUGAAUAAAAAUGGAUAAUAGUUUUGUAUUGUGGUCUUAUAGCAAGGCAGCGAGGCUGACGUAUUAUCAUGUGAGACUGACUGCUGUGUUGUAACACAAUAUUAUAAUUCAAUUAUUGACUGUGAAAUAUCCAAUUAGAUAACAGACAUGAAUGCGAUAACAAUUAGAUGGUAGUUAAAAUGACACCUUGCUAUGAAACUACAGUUAAUUGAAUUAUCUACAGUCAACAGUUCCAAAUCUGUUCAUUUAUAGGUAUUAUUAAGCUAAAAUAUUAUGUUGUUACUUAAUGAUACAAUAAAAAGGUUUGAUUUCUAAAAUGGAAAUUAAUAAAUUUCGGUUAUAAGCGCGUAAAAUUAUUUCAGGAUUAUCAUCAUGAAAAGUGAUAUGAUUGACUAUUAAUAGUCAAUACUUAAUUAUUUAACUAUGUACCCAAUGUCGAUAAAAAUGGAAACAUUUAUGAAUGUA